AACGACUUACUGAAUAGAACAGAUUCAAAGUAACGAUUCAUUCAUGAGUCGCGUGUCACGGCCGGAGAGUGGAAACAAAAAACAGUGAAGGAUGCUGUCCAGGACUUGAUCGCGGUGUGUCUGGUGGGCUCCUCGGCCUUGUUGUGGUUCACCCCAGCGGAGAGGAGUGUUCUGUUUCUAGUCAUGCUCUUCUGACAAAACCGGCGGUGUAAAUAGGAAUCACUCCCUCUCUCCGCCAAAAUGGAGAUAAUUGUGGCCAAACUUCUGUGCCUGAUCGGGGUGUUUGCCCUCAUGCUGGGGGGAAUUCUCAUCCCCGUGCGUGUGAUGCAGUCAGACUUUGACAAAGCUGCGAAGUACAGAAAGGUAGUUUCACUGAGUAAUUCUUUUGGAGGUGGUGUAUUCCUAGCUACCUGCUUCAACGCACUUCUGCCAGCUAUUAGAGACAAGGUGGAUGGAGUCCUGAAAAUGCUAACGACCACUACAGACUAUCCGCUGGCAGAGACCAUGAUGAUGGUGGGCUUUUUCCUCACAGUGUUUGUAGAGCAGGCUGUGCUUACCUUUAGGAAGGAGAAGCCUUCCUUCAUUGAUCUGGAGACUUUCAACGCAGGAGGCUCAGAGGCUGGCAGUGACUCUGAAUAUGACACGCCAUUCAUCGCUCCCCCUCGGAGCUCAUCAGGCAACCAGCACCACUCACAUCACCAUGGACACUUCAACCCCACAGAGUUAACACGCGCAGGGCCACUUCGACUUGCCAGCUUGGUCCUGGCCCUCUCCGCUCACUCAGUCUUUGAAGGUCUUGCUCUAGGUCUUCAGGAAGAUCGGGCUAAGUUAGGAAGCCUAUUCAUUGGCGUAGCAAUCCAUGAAACCCUGGCAGCUGUGGCUUUAGGAGUCAGUGUUGCUAAAGCAGGACUGGUGCUGCGAGAUGCCAGUAAGCUCGCAAUUACAGUCAGCCUCAUGAUCCCUAUUGGGAUUGGCCUUGGAAUGGGUAUUGAGAGUGCCCAGAACCUGGCAGGAAGUAUUAUUUCUGUUGUGCUACAAGGCAUGGCAGCGGGUACAUUCCUUUUUAUUACUUUCUUUGAAAUUCUCUCACGGGAGCUGGAGGAUAAACACGAUAGGCUACUGAAGGUACUGUUCCUUGUCUUGGGAUAUGGCGUGCUGGCUGGUCUCGUCUUUAUCAAAUGGUAAUAGAGUUUAACACUGCGUAGGAGGAAGAGGAAGUUUUCCUUUUAUGUGCCAGUUGUAAAACCUACUCACCAGCAUAACCAAAGGACAAUUUCAGUAAUUCAGUUUGUAAAUUAAUGUUGUUUACUGCUUUCAUUUCCCAUUUUAACUUAUGUCUACCACUGGAUACUUACAGAAACAGAAGUAUUUUAAACCAGGUUUUUAAGGCAUAGUGAAGGGAAAUAACUUAUUAUUGUGAACACUGGUGGGGGUGCUACUACUGCAGAUUAGAGUAUAUGUCGUUACUGAUUCAUGUGAUGCUGAGUGUUGUGAUAACUAAUUAAGAAACUAUCCCAGUUUUCAUUUCACCAUUUCGUUCUUGAUCAAGCCUUUCAACGUUUACAUAAACUGCAUUUACUUUGUAUCUCAUUUGAUACUGAGUGUUGAAUGUUAUUGUUUGAAGGCCUACUUAUUUAAAUCAAAUAUAUAUUGAGUGAUGGUGUUCUUCCUGAUGAUGAUUUAUUGAAAAUAUUGCUAAAUCAGCAGCAGUGUUGGGCCAUGUGUCAAGCUAUGAGACAUAACUGUGUGUAUAUUUUUUUACAGUAUACUAUAAACACAUUCUUGAUUUAGAAAUCAGGCCUAAUUCUGUGGAACUCUGUUUGUAGACUGCUGUCGUGAGUUACUCUCCUGAGCUGAGAUUUUUUUUUUAAAUCUGAAAAGGUUGCACUUCAUAUAACGGUGUGUUUGCCAGAUAAAGGUGAACAUCACACAGUUAAUGCAGUGGUAUUUUAGUAGCAGAUUUAGGAAUAUGUGGUACUGUAACUUAGAGAUUGCUGGUAGAAUGACUAAGAUCCUAAUAUGCAGUUUGUGGUUACAUGCUUUUAUACAUCUUUACUUUGGUUUUGCAUCUGUAAAAUAAUGUCCUGGUUAUUUCGGUGGUUCUGGACACUACGGUAUAUAGACUAUAGAUAGUUAGGAUAAGAAUUCAGUUUAUUCAUUUUUCUACUUCACUCUGACAAUUUCAAUCUACUACAGUGUUUGUCUACUACUUACAGUCUAUUACAGCCUCUUUUCCUAUUCGGUGGAAGUUCAUUCCAACUUCUGACAACAUUUAUAUAAAAUACAAACAGAAAUAUGCCCUAUGAGCAAUAUUUCAUAUAAAACUACUUGACAAUCAUUAUUACAGUUGAUGGACUGUUCUGCUGCUGUAAAUGUCUGUCAGCUUUGUGGUAACAAAUCAGGCCAAAUACUCUGGUUUUCUAAUCCAUUUUACAUAGUCAUAUUUAAUAUGUAGCAGCAAAUAAGGACCACCGAAACCUAAUACUCAUGCUGUGGCUGAAGCACAUAGCUAUAACAACACAGAUGUACUCUGAAUGUAUGUAAAUGUAACUGAUGUAAAUUACACUGGAGUGAUGUGAACUAAUGAUUUGAUCUUUUUAAUAUAUUUUCUAUGAUUAAUACUGAAUUGCAUCUAAAAAUAAUUUAUGAAUUCCAUUCUAGUUUGAUUUCUUUUAAUGAAUCACAUUGUUGGUAUCUACAAAUUAAAUAUAAACAAGACCCUAAACAGUGACUUAUUGCAGAGUUCACCUAUACUUUUUUAAGCCUUUUGGGAAAGCUUUUUUUUAUUUAUUUAUUUAAAUGCUGCACUCACGUUUUCAUGUAUAAUUUCCUAUUUGUUUUCCUUUGAUUCCUGUGAUAAAGUGAUGGUGAUCUGUAGUGUUUUACAACAGUGUCCAAUCAAAACAUAAAUUAGCUUGAAAUUCCUUAAAUGUCCCUUUUGUUGUGAUUGAACUAUGUUCAGUAAACAUGCUUUACAGAA